AUGAGUACACUGAUUGCAGACCGCCCCUUUGAUUGCCCGGCGGCCGACGCCUGGGUCUGCGCAGGCGCCCGCCGCCAAGGCGCUGCAAGCCGGGGAGAAGCCGGGAAGCGGUCCACUAUGAGCGGCCUGACACAGAGCAUCCGGGAGGUGCUGAAGGCCAUGGCCAAUGUGCGUGGCUUUGAUAGAGUUUUGGAAAAGGGUGAAAAGCAACAGAAUCAUCACAGGUAUAAAAUUCUUAAUGUCUUUCUUGUGGAAGGCUCCAUAAAGGCCACUGUGACUGUUGUCUCUUCUGCUCCUGGGAAAGUGGUUUGUGAAAUGAAAGUAGAAGACCAGCAUACCAACAAGAUGGGCACUCUGCAUGGUGGUCUGACAGCCACCUUAGUGGAUAACAUAUCAACACUGGCCCUGCUGUGCACAGAAAGGGGAGCCCCGGGAGUCAGUGUCGAUAUGAACAUAACGUACAUGUCACCUGCUAAAAUAGGAGAAGAUGUAGUGAUCACAGCGCACGUCCUGAAGCAAGGAAAGACCCUGGCUUUUGCCUCUGUGGAUUUGACCAACAAGGCCACUGGAAAGUUAAUAGCACAAGGCAGGCACACAAAACACCUGGGAAACUGA